AUGUCCCUCCUCCGCACCCUCGACCGGACCUCCGCAGCCUCCCCCAACCACGCGCCCCUGCUCGCCUUCCUGUGGCCCCGCCUGCAGCUUCACACCAAGACCAAGACCAAGACGAAGCCAUCUCGCCGCGGCUACCGUCGCUCGGCGCUGAACCAUGCUCCGCGCACCCAUGCCUCCACCGGCGUCAGUGCCAGUGCCAGUGCCAGCGCCAGCGACCGCGACCCCAUGGACGCCUUCUUCAUCCACGCCCUUGUGCGCGCUGGCUCCUGUCCAGCCCACGCUAAGCCCAUGCACACGCACACGCACACGCACUCGCACUCGCACACGCACUCGCACUCGCACACGCACUCGCACUCGCACUCGCACCCGCAUGCCCACGCCCACGCCCACACCCACUCCCUCCAAUCCUCACAGCAGCACACAACGCGUCCGAAGCGCCUCCCACCGCACGCCCAACAACACGCCCACCAUCAUGGCCACCGCGCCUUCACCACCAAGCCCGGCCACCACGGACCCUUGAGCAAGGCCGGCCAGUUUGCAAAGAAGGAGCUCCAGGCCAUGGUCGACUACUACGGCAUCAAGCUCGACACCCGCCCCGAAGACGACAACGCCAUCGACGACGACGGUCUCCUCAUCUGGAACGUGGGCGACAACCACGAGCCCUGGCCGCUCCGCAACGCCAUCGACUACUUCCACAUACGCCGCCUCAACAAGCUCCUCCAGGACGACGAAUCCCCCCACCAACACGUCUUCGAAACGUACAGAAAGCUGCCCUCGCCAGGCGUCGUCUACCUCGACAAAGACACCAUCCGCAGCCUGCUGCACCAUCUCUCCAUUGUCCAACGGCCCUCUCCCACAGCCAUGCAGCGCUUCAUGUCUAUACUUGACGACAUGAAGACCGCGCAUAUACACAUCACCCAGGCAGAGUGGACCACAGCCAUCUACUUUGCCGGCCGUUGCAUGGGCAGGGUCUCGGCUGACCAAGUCCACUCGGCCCUCAGCGUAUGGCGCGACAUGGAACACCGCGCUGGCGUCAAGGGCGGCUUCGUCACCCUCAACGUCCUCUUCGAUGUCGCCGUCAAGGCCGGCAAAUAUACUCUAGCCGAGACGUUCCUCAAGGAGCUGCGAGCCCGCAACCUCAAGCUGCAUCGCCACUUCCGAAUCUCCCUGCUCUACUACCAUGGCGUGCUGCAGAAUGGCAACGCCGUCAGACAGACGUACAAAGAGCUCGUCGAAGCCGGCGACAUUGUAGAUACCGCCGUCAUGAAUGCCGUCAUAGCCGCCCUUUUUCGCGCCGGCGAGCCCGCAGCCGCAGAGCACGUCUUUGAGCGCAUGAAGAAGUUGCAUGCGGCCAGACUCCUCCCCGCUCCAGGACACCGGUUUCUUACCAACAACUGGAGAGAUCGCCGAGCCGUAGGUCUGCACUUUACCCACCAAGCUCGACUACUCAAACGCACGCAAAAGGAGGAGGAGUGGAACGAGCUGCAAAACUACGCGCCAAUAGCCCCAGAUUCGCGCACUUAUUCGCUGCUCAUACGAUACCAUGCUACCCUAGCGGGAAACAUUGACCGCGUCAACGAGCUGCUGCAGGAGAUGCGGUACAACUCUGUCCCCAUAGAGGGCACCACCUUCAUCGUCAUGUUCCACGGUUUCGCUUCCUUUGGUGGCGUUCGCUACUCCUCAUGGACGGCCGACAAGCUCGAGCGAGUAUGGGCCCAGUUCCUCGAGGCCGCAGCCCAAGACCCAGAGCGCACAUGGCUUUCUAGCACGGCCGUGAUUGCAGCCUUGAAGGCUUUCAAGCGGUGUACAGACGCUGACCGUACCUUGACCGCCUGGGAGGAGAUUCGGCCUGCCUGGCACCCAAACGAAGAAGAGCUAGAAAGGGUGCUGCGAGAGCUGCGAAGGGUCGAUGUUCGCUCUGGCUUUUUCAGCAAGAAUGUCAGAGGGCGGGUACAAUGA